AGCUACGGAGCCGGAGGCGGCCGCGAUCCCUGGGGGCGGCUGAGGGGGGCCGGGCCGGGGUUUAGUGGGAACCAAGCGGCGCGACGGAGAUCCGGCGGCGCCGUGCGGGACGGCGAGGCUGGGCACUGCGAUGUUGGCGUGCUCGGCGCAGACAGAGCUGUGAUCUGGUCCUCCUUUCAGCUGAGGAGUCUGCACACCAUGGCAAGCCCCACUCUGAGCCCCGAUUCCUCAUCCCAAGAGGCCCUGUCGGCCCCCACCUGUUCCCCCACCUCUGACUCUGAGAACCUCAGUCCAGAUGAGCUGGAGUUGCUGGCCAAGCUCGAAGAACAGAACAGGCUCCUGGAAGCUGACUCUAAGUCCAUGCGCUCCAUGAAUGGCUCUCGGAGGAACAGCGGCUCCUCACUGGUGUCCAGUUCCUCAGCCUCCUCCAACCUGAGCCACCUAGAGGAGGACACAUGGAUCCUGUGGGGCCGCAUCGCCAAUGAGUGGGAGGAAUGGCGGCGGCGGAAGGAGAAACUACUCAAGGAGCUGAUCCGCAAGGGCAUCCCACACCACUUCCGGGCCAUUGUGUGGCAGCUCCUCUGCAGUGCUACAGACAUGCCAGUGAAGAACCAGUACUCAGAGCUGCUCAAAAUGUCCUCACCAUGUGAGAAAUUGAUCCGUAGGGAUAUCGCCCGCACAUACCCAGAGCAUGAGUUCUUCAAAGGCCAGGAUAGCCUGGGCCAGGAAGUCCUCUUCAAUGUCAUGAAGGCAUACUCCCUGGUAGACCGGGAGGUGGGCUAUUGCCAAGGCAGUGCCUUCAUUGUGGGCUUACUUCUGAUGCAGAUGCCUGAGGAGGAGGCCUUCUGUGUGUUUGUCCGGCUAAUGCAAGAGUACCGGCUACGGGAGCUCUUCAAGCCCAGCAUGGCUGAGCUGGGACUCUGCAUCUACCAGUUUGAGUACAUGCUACAGGAGCAGCUCCCGGAUCUGAACGCCCACUUCCGCUCACAGAGUUUCCACACAUCCAUGUAUGCAUCGUCCUGGUUCCUCACACUCUUCCUCACCACCUUCCCCCUGCCUGUUGCUACCCGGGUUUUUGAUAUCUUCAUGUAUGAGGGGCUGGAAAUCGUGUUCAGAGUGGGCCUUGCCCUGCUGCAGGUGAACCAGAUGGAGCUGAUGCAGCUGGAUAUGGAGGGCAUGUCCCAGUACUUCCAGAGAGUUAUCCCCCAUCAGUUUGACAGCUGCCCAGACAAGUUGGUCCUCAAGGCCUACCAGGUCAAGUACAACCCCAAGAAGAUGAAGAGGUUGGAGAAGGAGUAUGCAGCUAUGAAGAGCAAGGAGAUGGAAGAACAGAUAGAGAUCAAAAGGCUUCGGACAGAGAACCGGCUGCUCAAACAGCGGAUUGAGACCCUAGAGAAGGAGAGCGCUGCUCUGGCUGAUAGGUUAAUCCAGGGACAGGUGACGCGGGCACAGGAGGCCGAGGAGAACUAUGUUAUCAAGCGGGAGCUGGCAGUGGUGAGGCAGCAGUGCAGUUCUGCAGCAGAGGACCUGCAGAAAGCUCAAAGCACCAUCAGGCAGCUGCAGGAGCAGCAGGAGAACCCGCGCCUCAGUGAGGACUUUGUGGCCCACCUGGAGACACAGUUAGAGCAGUCUCGGCUUCGGGAGACAGAGACACUGGGGGCCCUGCGGGAGAUGCAAGACAAAGUUCUGGACAUGGAAAAGAGAAACAGCUCGCUGCCUGAUGAGAACAACGUGGCCAGACUGCAGGAGGAGCUCAGGGCGCUCAAGGUGCGGGAGGGCGAAGCCGUAGCCUCGGCAAGAGAGCUGAAGCUACAGCUGCAGGAGCUCUCAGACACCUGGCAGGCCCAUCUUUCCCGUGGCGGCCGCUGGAAGGAGUCCCCGAGAAAGCUGGUCCUGGGCGAACUGCAGGAUGAGCUAAUGAGUGUGCGUUUGCGCGAAGCGCAGGCCCUGGCUGAGGGCCGCGAGCUGCGGCAGCGUGUGGUGGAACUCGAGACGCAGGACAACAUCCACCGUAACCUACUGAACCGCGUGGAGGCGGAGCGCGCAGCAUUGCAGGAGAAACUGCAAUACCUGGGUGCGCAGAACAAAGGGCUCCAGACACAACUCAGUGAAAGCCGCCGCAAACAGGCAGAGGCCGAAUGCAAGAGCAAGGAAGAGGUGAUGGCUGUGCGACUGCGGGAAGCAGACAGCAUGGCGGCUGUAGCUGAGAUGCGGCAGCGCAUCGCAGAGCUAGAGAUCCAGAGGGAGGAGGGCCGCAUCCAGGGCCAGCUGAACCACUCAGAUUCGUCGCAGUACAUCCGCGAGCUCAAGGACCAGAUCGAGGAGUUGAAGGCUGAGGUCUUCCUGCCCCAGGUGCGACUACUGAAGGGCCCACCGCCCUUCAAGGACCCGCUGGCUUUUGAUGGGCUGAGUCUGACAAGGCACCUGGAUGAGGACUCUCUGCCUUCAUCAGAUGAAGAGCUGCUAAGCAGUGUGGGAGCAGCCCUGCAGGACCCUCUUUACCCUUUAUCUCCCCGGGAUGCACGCUUCUUCCACCGUCUGGAGCGGCCAGCAAAGGACAGCGAGGGCAGUUCAGAUAGUGAUGUGGAUGAGCUGGCCACAUCUUAUAGCCAGGGCCUGGAUAACUGAGGCCUGGAGCCCCGCCCUGGGAGCCAGGAGGCUGCAACCAACGUGUGCUGCUGGGAGAGGGUGAUAGGUAGCUGCCUUGUGCUCUGUACUAAGGGACUCCAAGUCUGGAUGGCUUUGCCCGUCUAAAGGUCAAAGAGACAGCGCCCAUAGGGCAGAGCCUACCUGCAGGUUCUCCUUCCAAAGCAGUGUCUACCCAUCAUGGUCCAUACCACUCUAGGCCCUCCUGUGUUCAGGGGAUGCCUCAGCUAGUUAUCUGGAGUGUCUGCCCUGCUAACAGCAAGAAGGAGGUCCCAGGCCUGGCUAGCAGGAAGCUCCCUCCUAUCUCCUCUGGGAUCAGGGUGGCCCAGUUGGGGAGGGCUGGGGAGCUAGAAGAAGUGUGAGAAAAAAAGAGGCAUUUCUGGAUUGAAUUUGAGCACCCCACAGACAGGCUCUUGGGACACAGCUUGACCAGCCAGCCUCCUGACCACCAGAGACAGAUGGACAGGCUAGGCUUUCCUGCCUGGUGCAGGGAUCAUAGGUCCUGUAGCAGAAACCAAAGCCCCCCAUCCUGUGUGCAAGGGCCACCUGGGGUGUGAGUGGCCAUUGGGAACCAGCUCAGGCCUGGGCAGUGUCUCCCUGCUUCUCUGGAGCUAAAGAAGCUUGGAAGAGACCCUGCUCCCUAGAGCCCCAUCUUCCUUUGGAAGAUACUAAUAUCACUAAUCUUAGCCAGUGAUGGAAGAUGACUUUUUCCUUGGGAGUCCUCAGCCUCCAUGCUCUUCCUUUUUGUGUCCCAAGCCCCACCUUCAGGCCACGGUUAGGUCCCAAGGGUUGAACUUCUGGAUAGAGUUGCCUCCACUCACAGUGGUCCCAUGGUAUCUGUCCAGUAAGAAUGGUGAGAAUGGUGCCAAAGUCCAACAACAGCCCCCCAGGCCUCUUUCUCUCCUAUCCCCUGCAUCUUGGGACCCUCAGGGCUGACCUUCUCAGUGCUCCUGGAGCCAUGAGUAAAAGUAAAGUAGUGUCACAAGCAGUUCCCCAAGGCUUCCUGAGGUGGGGACCCUAACUCAGUUUCCUUUCCCAAUUGCCCACUCUUCAGUGUUACAAAGCCUGGGGACCAAAGGGCACCCAUGGAGCCCUCUCAUAUGUUCCCCACACUGCCCACCACCAUUUUUACACACUGCCUGUUCACACCACAUGUUGCCCAGGCAGGAAAGAUGGAAAAUAAAGUGUAUUUACACAGUCACAGAUAAGGGAUGCUGAGUGGGGUAAGACUGAGGGUGGGAAGAAUUACAGCAAUUAAAUGCCUAGCCCCUGGUCUAGCAACUUAACUGAGGAGCCAAGUAAUCAUCAUUGCCCUGAGAAGUGUCCCAUAUUCUAAUGGAGUGGCAGAUGGGACAGGUAAAGGACAUCAGAUGGUUGGUUUGAGAAAAAAGUUCAAGAGGGAGUUAGUAAAGGGGAUGGGGUAUGAUUAAGAAUGGCAGCUUUGAGGCUGAAGAGAUGGCCUAGCAGUUAAAGGUAUUUGUUUACAAGCCUGUGAGUUCCAUCCUCUCCAGAAUCCCCCUGAAAAGCUUGGCACCAAGUGGCCUAUGGUAUCUAUAAUCGUAACUCCUAUGGCAAUGGGAGGUAGAGCCAGGAGAAUCCCAAAGCUCACAAGCAGCAGUGGCAAGACAGCCCUGUCUCAAAAGAAAAAAAAAAAACAA